GCAUGUUGAGCUGUACAAAGAUCCAGCGCCGAGUUUCAGGAUCCGAGCGCGUAAAUGCUGAUUUUGAAACACCAGUUUGGAUUUUGACUGUCUUGAUCAAUUCAAUGCUCAGUGCUCAAGUGUUUGGUGUAGUUGAAAUGCAGGCCUGACACCUCCACAUUCGUUACUCCUCAGCAAAUUCGUUCUCCUCCCUUCCGGAUGGCCGGAGCAGGGAUGGAAAGCAUUGUGAUCCUCGAUGAUGACGAUGAAGAAGCAGCUUCCACGUCUGCAUCCUGUUCUCAAGCCACAGCGCAACACUUAAAAACACCAGUGAAGAGUCAGCCGGUGCCGGCUCCCACACACAUCACACAGUCUCCAUUCGCCAGCGCGAAGAAGGACACACACGUGCUGAAAGUGGAGAAUGAGAAACUGUUCAAUGAGUUUGUGGAGCACUGCUCAAAACACUCGCAAGAACAUCCAGAAGUCAUGACUUACCUGCAGACCAGAUACUCCAAGGCUUUGCCGACCUUUCUGACGUCUGUGGAGUUUCGUAACACUUUGGGCCGCUGCCUCACUCGAGCCCAGGCCAACGCUGGCAAAACCUUCGUCUACAUUAAUGAACUCUGCACUGUUCUGAAGCAGCACACGCCGCGGAAGAGAAGCUCCAUACAGUCGCUUUCUGUCAAGGCCAAACCUGAGGAGAAGAGCAAUGGGGUUAAUGUUAAAGAGGACACUCAGGGUGAACAAGACGGAGGAAAAGAUGUCAAACAGCAGGAAGAGGAGUCAAAGAAAACCAAAAGAGCUUCGAGAAGACAGAUUGCGUAUCUGGAAAACCUGUUGAAAGUGUAUAAUGAGGAGAUCCGCCGGCUUCAGGAGGGGGAUUUGAGUUUGGAUGACUUGGAGAAAGAAGAUUCCAGUUAUAUUCAAGAGCACAAACUUAAACGCAAGAUGAUGAAGAUCUAUGAGAAGCUGUGUGAGCUGAAAGGCUGUAACACUCUGACGGGUCGAGUGAUCGAGCAGAAGAUCCCAUACAGUGGAACGAGAUACCCAGAGAUCAACAAGAAGGUUGAGCGUUUCAUCAACAGUUCAGAAGCUCUUCUCAAUCCUCCAGACUACAGCGAUAUCCUGAAGAUUGUGCAGAGAGCCAACGAACGCUACAAUCUCCAGCUCUCCCGCAAACAGCAAGCACAGAUCUCCCAAGAAGCCUUCAGAGAGACGGGCAACAAACUACAGGAGAGACGACACCUUGACAUGGUCUACAACUUCGGCUCUCAUCUCACAGAUCCAUACAAACCAACAUUAGACCCUGCACUCAUGGACCCAGCACUGCAUCGUAAACUCCGCUCUAAUAGAGACGUGGCCAUCAGCAGCCUGGAGGAGGUCAUCAACAAAUACGCCAAUAAACAGGAGGAUAUGGAAGUGGAGGAAACCAAGAAAAGACAAGACAGAGAAAGACUGAAAAAAGAGGCUGUUAAUGGGCAACAGAGUGAAAGCAAAGAAAAAGAAAAGGAGGAGCAAGAAGAAAAAGAGAAGGAAGAUGAAGAAGAAGAGGAGGAAGACGAAGAAGAGGACGAUUCUUCAGAUCCUGACAUUGAAGACGAAAUCCAGGCCAGCGAACAACAAGCUGGUCCAGAAGAUGAUGAAGAAGAUGUGGAAGAGGAGCCUGCUAACAUCAGUGACAACGAUCAGCCAAUCAAUGAAAGCUCUCCUCUGUCAAUCAAAUCCUCUGUUCAGGACACAGAAGAGGAUGAGGAGCAGUCUCCGCUCAGCAGCACACAUGAAGGAUCUGCAGAAACAAAUACAAACACGAACGGACCUGCUAAACAGAGCCUCGAGUCCACAGAGAUCAAGCCGGAGAGCAUCAAGCCGGAGAGUAUCAAGCCAGAGAGCAUCAAGCCAGAGACCAUCAAGCCGGAGAGCAUCAAGCCAGAGAACACAGACUCUCUAGCUGAAGUCAAGACCGAACAGGUUUCCUCCAAUCACGUUGAAGCUGUGUCUGCAAGCACUGAGACUGUGUCCAUUGUAUCCGAGGAGUCGUCCACAGCCGUCACGAGAUCCGCCAACUGCAGUCCGCUGCUCCCAACCAGCCCUUUACUAAUCGACGAGACGGGCAACUACAGGAAGAGGAAACGCAGAUCCACAGAGAACCACACUUCUGCUCACAACGGGAACUGCACUGAGGACAGUGAUAUUCCUCUGGAUAUGGGAGUGAUCUGCUGCUCUGAACAGGAAGAUCUGACCUGUCUGAAGACACCACCGCGAAAAACAGCCAGGAACUCACAAGCCACACCACCACCCAAGAAAAAUAAGGUAAACGUAGCAACACAAUGCGAUCCGGAGGAAGUGAUCGUUCUGUCUGAUUCCGAGUGAAUCCUGCCGUCACAGGGUACUGAACUGGCAACCAGUCAGCUUCUUGCUCCAAUAGUGCCUGCUAAUGUGAACCGAGGACAAAAGGGUUUAUUUUAUUAUUUUAUUUUAGGAUUGGUUCAGUCCGCUUUUGAACCUCCACCAUUCAUGCCAGUUUACUUUUUAUACAUAAUGGCAUGCCGUUAUUGAUUGGGGCUUUCUAGAGGUAUUUUGGAAUACUGUAAAUGAGUCUUGCCUCUAAACGUUCUUACUUCACCUCAUAUUUAUGCUUUUAUUUUUGAGGGUUCGGACGCAAUCCUCAUUUCUACCAAGAGUCUUUAGAGGAAGCCAGAUUUCCCUGCUCAAUCAAUAAACGAUCUCAUUUUGUGUAGUGUUUGACUUGAUAACUUUGUACAGCGCACUGUGGAGUAUUAUUAUUUUUUAACAGCUACAGGAAUCGGUUUUCAUAAUUGAAGUCGUAAGCUACUUUGAGCUCCAACUCGCCACAUUUGAAGACUUGUUUUCACAGGACGCCAGAAAUAGUUCACCCAAAAAUAAAAAACAGACAUUAAAAUCUCCUCCUCUUGUUUUUCUUUGUUUUCAUGUGGAUUUUCAGGACUAUUUGAUUAGAAUAUUCCAGUAUGUGGCAUAUUAACGCGUGUUAUUUUUGGGUGAACUCUCCCUUUAACUGCUCUCAGGGGAUAAAGCACAAGAGUUGAGUGUCUUCCUGCGUUUCACAUUGACACUGAGACCAUUUCUGUCAACUGCUGAUCUGUUCAAUAGAUUAAUAUUGUCAUAUUAAAGAUGUUUUUUAUUUCACUGCUCAAGAAAUUUAAUUGAUAUUUAAAAUGGAGUAUAUCUAGAGAAUUGGAGUUAUAUUAAAGGGACUCUCCUCUUUUUUUUUUUUUUAAGAAAAUAGGCUAAUUUUAUAUGUCCCCUAUAGUUUAACCGUUGUUUUUUUAAUCAUUCUUUAAUCAAUUCUGCCGAUUUUUCUGGUCCGGCGGGAACAUUUUUAGCUUAGCUUAGCAUAAAUAAUUGAAUCAGAUUGGACCAUUAGCAUCUCGUACAUAAUUUACCGAAUAGUAUGAUAAUUUUCCUAUUUCGUGCUCGAUUGUUACAUUAUGUAAGCUACGUAAUAUCAUUUCACCUAGUGUAGCCUUGGUACAGUAGCAAGGAUACUUGAUUAUUACGCCCGAUUGAGAAAAUAGUUCUUAAAUAUUUGCCUAGAUAAUAGCAACUUUUCAUUUCACAUCAGUUCAUCAGUGAACUACACAAUGCAACUACAUAAGAGUCGAGCUGUAAAUAGGAAAAUGCCAGUCAUUUUUGAGUGAAAUGCUAAUGGUCUAAUCCGAUUUAAUUAUGCUAAGCUAAGCUAAAAUUUCUCCCUCUAGAAACCAAGUUCAGCUGAAUGGAUUUAAACAUGAUAAAAGGCGACUCUGUAACUCGGUGGGGAGUGUUAAAUGAGCCUAUUUACAAAAUAAUGUGUGUCCUUUAAAUCUGCUGUUGAAAGUUAAAGCUAGCAUUAUGUGAAAUUAUAAUUACUCUUAAUUCAUCCAGACUAUUUUGUUCAUAAAUUACCAAAGAGUUUGAUAGUUUUCCUAUUUAAAGUGUAUUAAGUUGUAGUUACAUUGUCUACAAUGCGUAAUUUGUGCAUGGCACGGCAGCAAAGUUCCUUGAUUAUUACACCAAAAUGAAAGUAUAGUUCCUAACCAUCUCAGCUUAGAAAAUAACUUUUCAUUUCCUGUCAGUCUCUCAGUGUAAAACACAGUGUAACUACACUUUAAUAUGCUUUUAACAGAAAGAUUUUCAAAUCUCUGUCAUCUUGAGCGGAAUGCUAAUGGUCUAAUCUAAUUUAAUGAUCUAUGCUAAGCUAAGCUAAAAGUGCUCCUGCCAUACUGAGAUUGGCUGAAUGGAUUAAAAAUGGUAAAUACUAAAUGUGUAACUCAGUGGGGAGUUUUAAAAUGAGCCUAUUUCCAAAAUAACGUGGGGUGUUCCUUUAAAUCUGCUGUUGAAAGUUAUUAUUAGUUAGUAUUAUGUGCGAAAUUACAAUUACUCUUUAAUCAAACUAUUUCUGGUGGUUCUAAACCGGUUUGGAUUUCUUCUCCACAACACAAAAUAUGAUCUGAAGCUAUUUUUUCUACAUUGUCUUUAUUGUACAUUUAUCUGUACAGCUUUGGAAACGCAUCAGAAUCUUCAAAUAAAGACAGAAUUUCUAUA